AAUCAUCUCUCUCCUUUUUUCAAACAUACACAGAGAAUGGUGGAUUCGAAAACCCCUGCGAAAACCAAAUUGUUAGAUUCGUCUUCGAUUUCUAAUGUCAGAGUCGUCCUUAGGGUUCGUCCUUUUCUUCCCCGGGAGAUUUCGGACGAGAGUUGUGACGGGAGAUCGUGCGUUUCCGUAAUCGGCGGCGAUGGAGGAGAUACCAGCGAAGUGGCGGUUUACCUCAAAGAUCCAGAUAGCUGUCGUAACGAAAGCUAUCAGCUGGAUGCGUUUUACGGGAGAGAGGAUGAUAAUGUGAAGCAUAUAUUCGAUAGAGAAGUAAGCCCUUUGAUUCCUGGGAUCUUUCAUGGUUUCAAUGCUACUGUGCUUGCUUAUGGAGCCACCGGAAGCGGAAAGACUUUUACGAUGCAGGGAAUCGAUGAGCUACCAGGUCUGAUGCCAUUGACCAUGUCCACCAUUCUGUCUAUGUGCGAGAAGACAAGGAGUAGGGCUGAGAUUUCAUAUUAUGAAGUUUACAUGGACAGAUGUUGGGAUCUUCUAGAAGUUAAAGACAACGAGAUUGCUGUUUGGGAUGAUAAAGAUGGACAAGUUCAUCUUAAGGGACUUUCUAGUGUCCCUGUUAAGUCCAUGUCUGAGUUUCAAGAGGCGUAUUUGUGUGGCGUUCAGAGGAGGAAAGUUGCACACACUGGUUUAAAUGAUGUCUCUAGUAGAAGCCAUGGAGUGCUUGUGAUCUCAGUAACCUCACAAGGGCUUGUCACUGGUAAAAUCAAUCUGAUUGAUCUUGCAGGUAACGAAGACAAUAGAAGGACAGGCAAUGAAGGGAUCCGUUUACAAGAGAGUGCCAAGAUUAAUCAGUCAUUAUUUGCAUUGUCCAAUGUGGUUUAUGCACUGAAUAAUAACCUCCCUAGAGUGCCAUACAGGGAAACCAAAUUGACUAGAAUACUGCAGGAUUCACUUGGUGGAACAAGUAGGGCUCUCAUGGUCGCAUGUCUGAAUCCUGGAGAAUACCAAGAAUCUCUUCGCACCGUUAGCCUGGCUGCAAGGUCAAGGCACAUCUCAAACAAUGUUUCUCUGAAUCCCAAGGUAGAGACCCCCAAGGUUAAGAUAGACAUGGAAGCAAAACUGCAAGCUUGGCUUGAAUCAAAAGGCAAGAUGAAGAGCGCGCAUAGAAUGAUGGCAAUACGGUCUCCAUUGAUGGGUACAAACCAGACUUCAAUUUCUCAAAGCUCAGUCAAGAAAUUACUCUGUCAUAGAUCAGCCAUUGCAGAAAGUGCUAAGCUUGCCGGCACAGGACAGAGGGACGCAUUUGUGACCGCAAGAAACUUAUUUGGUGUGGAAACUCUUGCUGCUUCACAUUUAUGGGAACCUAUACGGAAUCUGCAGUUAGCUUCUCCAACCAAAGAAGAUGAGAGAGACACAUCUGGCGAAGAGAAUCUAUUGGUAUCAGAAGCAAGCUUGAGAGAUAACACAUUGGAUGUCGAGAAGAAAUAUACUGAACUGAGUCCUCUUCGAGAAGCUCUAUCUCCAAUAGACUCCAAUGCAAAACCAAAUUCAGCACACGGAAGCUCUCCUUUUCUGAAGCCAAUGACCCCAAAAACACCUUUUCUUUCUACAAACCCUGAAAUUAUGCAGAUGGAAGGCACUUGCCAGAAGUUCAAUGCAUGGAGCAAUAAUUUAAAGACCUCUCUCAUAAAAGAGUACAUUCACUUCUUGAACACAGCCAACAGGUAAUAAUAGCCUCCAGUUUCAUCUGCCUACCUUUGAUUCUUCAUUACC